UGAAGUACGUAGUGCUUGGGACGCUGGCAUCACAAUUAAAACUACAUUUCAAUUUCCACUCCGCACAGAUUUGAAUGCGGUGUAGGGGUAGCUUUUUCCGAUCGAUGAUCUCAACUGAAGUUUCCACUGUCAGCUUCAUGAAGAGGCUGAAGAAACUCCUCGAGAAUGAGGAAAGUAUCCUCUAGGCUGAGCUUUGUCGAAGACCGCGGCAGAUAAAGGCAAAAGGAACUAAACGCCAUUUAAGUCCUAACAAUGAGGUUCAAACAAAGAAGGCAGUGAUUCGUGGUCUCGGUGGUUUUCUCCGCUGCUCCUGCUAGCCAGGGCUGGGUCGCGUUACAGUUGGGAGUCGGCGGCUCGCCAAGAUGUCCAUGGAGGAGCAGGAAUAUGCCGAAGCGGUACUGGUGACUGAGGCCGGGCCGCAGUGGCUCCGAGCCGAGGUCGAGCGUCUCGGCCGGGAGCUCCGCGAAACGACCCACGAGAAGAUCCAGGCGGCCGAGUAUGGGCUGGCGGUGCUGGAGGAGAAACAGCAGCUCAAGCUGCGAUUUGAUGAGCUGGAGACGGAGUAUGAGACGGUCCGACAGGAGCUGGAUCAGCUCAAGGAGGCCUUUGGACAAGCUUACUCAACCCACAGGAAGGUGGCAGCAGAUGGGGAAAGCAGGGAAGAGUCACUGAUCCUGGAGUCUGCCAGUAAAGAGGCUGUCUACCAGCAAAAAGUCCUGGAGUUGCAGAAUGAGCUCCGACAGGCCAAAGCCUCUCUCACCAGUACACAAGCUGAAAAUGAUCGCCUGUCCUCCAUUGCCCUGGAGAUGAAAGAGAAUUCAGAACUGGCAGAGCUGCAGCGCAGUCAGCUACGCGAUGACAUCAGAGAGUACAAGGUACGAGAGGCUCGUCUGCUGCAGGACUACAGCGAGCUGGAGGAGGAGAACAUCUCUCUUCAGAAACAAGUGUCUGUGCUGAGACAGAACCAGGUGGAAUUUGAAGGUCUUAAGCAUGAGAUCCGCCGUCUGGAGGAGGACUCCCAGUGCCUGCACAGUCAGCUGGAGGAAGCCAUGCGUCUGAGAGAAAUCGCUGAGCGACAGCUAACAGAGGCCUUAGAGACGAUUAAAACAGAGCGUGAGCAGAAGGCCUCCCUGCGCAAGCAGCUCUCCCACUAUAUGACCAUCGGUGGCUCUGUAUACAACAGCUCCUUCAAUAUCUCUAUUGACAACCUGAAACUCCAUGAGGAUCCCUCCACCAUCAGUGAACCUGACAAUGAUGAUCUAAUCAGAGGCUUCGAAAAUGGCUUGUUGAAGACUGGUGAGGGUGAUGAAGACAACAGAGCCGCUGUGAACAAGAGAGGAGAGGCCUUUAAGCCGGCUCCUAGCCUGGUAGACGACCUGCUCAGCGAGCUCAACAUCUCUGAGAUCCAGAAACUUAAACAACAACUUGUACAGGUGGAGCGGGAGAAAGUGGCCCUGAUAAACUCUCUGCAAGAGAGCCAGAAGCAGCUGGAACAGGCCUAUGGGACUGUGUCUGAGCAAAAGGAAACUGUCAACAGACUGACUGAGAACCUCAGCGCAAUGAGGAAACUUCAGGCCAGUAAGGAGCGCCAGUCUGCCCUUGACAGUGAAAAAGACAGGGACAGCCAUGAUGACGGAGACUACUACGAGCUGGACAUCAACGGACCUGAGAUCCUGCAGUGUAAAUAUACUGUGGCGGUGUCUGAAGCCGGGGAGUUGAGGCAUGAGCUGAAAGCACUGAGGGCAGAGUACAAGGAGUGUCGAACCCAGUAUGAAGAUGAGCGAGCGCAGUUGGAGAGCGAUGUCCAGGACUUGAGGUCAAAGUUGGCGUCCCUGGAGAAGAUUAGCCAAGCAGAUAAAGCGGAGGUGACUCGUCUGGAGAAGGAGCUUCAUCUGGCCAGCAAGGCUGCAGGAGAAUCACUCGGCAGCCUUAAUGUGGCCCAGGAUGAACUCAUAGCUUUCAGUGAAGAACUGGCCAAUCUCUACAACCAUGUGUGUAUGUGCAACAAUGAGACCCCUAACCGUGUCAUGCUUGACUACUACAAGGAGGGCAAGGUCAGUAGUCGGCUAAUCACUGAGACUGAGCCUGGAAAGUCCGACUCCAGCAGCACCACAGCUACCCCAGCACCAGCCCUAGAGCACCGCCCAGAACCCAUGAACAUCUACAACCUCGUAGCCAUCAUCAGGGACCAGAUCCGCCACCUGCAGCAGGCAGUGGACCGCACCACAGACCUGUCACGCCAGAGACUUGCCAAUCUGGAGCUGAGCGCAGUGGCAGACAAAGACAAAGAGGCUUGCAUGGAAGAGAUCCUCAAACUGAAAUCCCUGCUUAGCACCAAAAGGGAACAGAUAGCCACUCUCAGAGCUGUGCUGAAGGCCAACAAACAGACGGCCGAGGUUGCUCUGGCCAACCUGAAGAGUAAGUACGACACUGAGAAGGCCAUGGUGACUGAAACAAUGAUGAAGCUCCGCAAUGAACUCAAGGGUCUGAAGGAGGAUGCUGCUACGUUCUCCUCUCUUCGAGCCAUGUUUGCUACAAGGUGUGACGAGUAUGUCACCCAGCUGGAUGACAUGCAGAGGCAGCUGGCUGCUGCUGAGGAUGAGAAGAAGACCCUGAAUUCUCUGUUGCGUAUGGCCAUCCAGCAGAAACUGGCAUUAACUCAGCGCCUGGAGGACUUGGAGUUUGACCAUGAACAGGCACGCCGCAAAAGUGCCACAGCAGCAGGGGGCAAGGGCAAAAUAAAGGGCAAGGGAGCCUCUUCCAGCCAUCAUUAAAUCUAUCAAGCCAAGUGGCCUUAAGGAGGUCCAUCAGCGUGUCUGUAAGAGUCUGUGCUCCUGGGUUUUUCACUCUCUAAUCAUGGUCAAAAUCAUGUCAUUGCUAACACAAGAACAUGUCGAACAGUAUUUGCAAAGGGUGUUGUUUUAGAAUGCUAAAACAAAAAUCUCUUAAAGUUCUGUCUGACUGCAGAAAGUAUGAGUCAUCACAUCAGCUGCCCGCUGCAAUCCUUCAGUCUUCCAUCAAUAUGCACCACUAUUAUUACUGAUCCAGAGGAAGAAUCAUGAUGGGUGUUGUACUGAUUACUCUUUGCCUGUUUUACCCUGACUGAGCACUUUCUGUUUGACCUAUUUCCUCUUAUGUGUUUCCUCUUUUUUUCUGAAGUCAUACUAAUUGUUUCAAGUAUUAUACAAUGUUUUACUGUAUGCACAUGUUUAUCAGCCAGGUUCUUGAUAACAUUUUUCAAGUGACUCAGCAUAUUUUUAUCCAUAUUAGUCUCAUAAAAACAAAACCAGAGGUUAUGUGGCAAUUCUUUUUAAAACCAGUAUUUUAAACCAGGAGACGAAAAAGCUUUUCUGCCUUAAGUUGUUUUCCUUUUGACCUUAGAUUUACAGGUGCCUUUCUGACAGCCCAUAAAAUUAAGCAAGAUUUUUGAUAACCCUGUCUCCUGUUCAGCUCAUCACACCAUAAUGCAACACAUUGUUUUCAGUGUAUUCAAUUAUGUGAUCCUGCAGAUGUGGAGCUUCAAAUUCAGGGUCUUAACUAAAUUUUGUAUAACUGGGCGUCUUCUCUGUGGACAUGGCAGAGCUGUUAAAAUUCAACAAUGCUUCUUAUGACUGAGGAAGAGUAUUAAUGCAAAGCUUAUUUAAAGAUUUCUAAGUUAAGGUCAGAUGUUAAUAGUAUUCAUAAACUUUAUUCAUGAAGGAGAGUCUCUAAUGUUAUUGUUUUAAUACAAUUUUUUGUAAACUGUUUGAAAAUUCAUUGUCUGCAAACAAGAAGCCUGUGGUGCCACUUUGUUUUGUGUCUAUACAAGUGCCAUUUGCAUACAUUGCAAAAAAAUGUUUAUGCUAUGUAAAAAUAUUUUACACAUUGUUGCUCACAUUCUUGGUCCUAAUUGAUUUUAUAUGUUUUUACUAUAACUGCAAUUGUAUUUAUUUGACACUGCUCGGACUACAGGAUUUUAUCUUCCAUGUUGUUUUAUAGUGGAGUUUGAGUGGAGGUGGCUGGUCAGAAUUUCAAGAAGACUAAACUGUGGUAAAACAUUUGCAAAAUUCAUGACUGUUGGCUACUGUCUCUGUUUCCCAUUGUGUCUGAUGAAGAAAUAAAUCUAACUUUCACAAUUCUGAGGUUUCUU